AUGACUGAUUGGACGGCACUGUCGUAAGAAGUAAAUACUACUUUAAAAAUACUUUUUAAGUGACAUAAAAGCAACUUUGUGUUUACACUCUUCAGUCUAAAAUGGAUUCAAAAUCAUUAUAGUCGUUUCAUAAGAUAAUAGAACGAAAUUGAUCGUUGAGCAUAAUAAUAAUCAGAUAUAUUUCCAAAAACAUACUAACUUUGAAAUCAUAAGAAAUAUAUAUCUGGUAUUAAAACAACUUAGUGAUUUUCAAUUUGAUUGCUUAUCGACAGAUGAAAAAUCUUAUUCUUACGUCGUCAAUUUACAAAGGGAAAUUUUACAAAAUACUAAAUUAAGUUUUGGACAAAUAACUUCAGAGGUAUCCUAUUCAUCACACACGAUUCUAUAUGAAGAUCAACGUAGUUUAUUAAAUAAAAAUUCGUUUAAAUAUUGCAAAACUAUAGUUAAAGAAAAAUAUGAACGAUUUAAAUUCUAUAAAAUAAGAACUAUGCAACUAUGAAAUUAACAGCAAAACUGAUAACAUCCAUCAAAAUAUGAAGGAUAAUGAAAAUAAAUAUCUAAAAAAUUAGAAACUUUAAAAAUGCUCAGAUAACGAAAUUUGAUUAGAAGACAAUUACUAUUGAUCUAUGGUCGUAGAAUUUUAGAAAUGGAAACAGAAGCUUUAAAACUAGAAUUAUUGUCAAAAAGUUAAGGUUAAUGAUAUAGAAAUCAACUAUCUAAAAGUAGGCAUUGGACCGAUGACUUUACUUGUUUUACCAGGAAUACUCGGUUCUGUGUCUAAGGGUACUUUGAAAACAAUAAUAUGGAAUCUGGAUCAUAAAAAAUAUACUAUUAUAGUAUGGGAUGCACCAGGUUUUGGCUUAAGUCGACCUCCAGACAGAAAUUACGCUCCAGGAUUCUUUUACAGAGAUGCUGAUUAUGCCAUUUCCUUAAUGAAAAUAUUAAAUAUUAAUAAAUAUUCAGUACUUGGUUGGUGUUUUGGCGGCGUUACAGCAAUGAUUGUUGCAUCUAAAGCAAUUGAUAAUGUUGAAAAACUUAUUCAAUGGGGUGCCAUAUCAUUUGUUACUGAAAAUGAUUUAAAAUAUUAUCGAAGUAUGCGUAGUAAUGAUGCUUGGCCCCCAAUUGUUAUACAAAAAUUUUUCGAUAUUUACGGAGAAGAGUAUUUUACAAAAACGUGGCAAGGUCUUGUAGAUACUGUUGAAAAUAUCGCAGCUAAUUUAAAUGGAGACAUUUGCCAAGAAGCUCUUUCUAAAAUUAUGGCACCAACUCUUGUUAUACAUGGUACUAAAGAUGAAGCGGUUGACAUGAAACAUCCACUUUACAUUCAGAAUAAUAUUAAAAAAUCUUCAUUAGAAUUAAUUCAAGAUGGAACACAUCAUAUGCAUAUUUCUCAUUACAAUCAAUUAAACUCUUUAAUUGAUAAUUUUUUAUCUGGAAAUUAUUUACCUCACUUUAAUUAAAAUGAUUCUAAUAUGUGAAAUUUAAUUUUUAUAUUUUUAAAAAUUCUAAUAAUUUCCAAGUAAAAAAUUUUAUGCUUGACUUGUAUCAAUUAAAAUAUUUAUUUUUAAAUAAUAUAAUGAAAAAGGCUAUUUAUUAAAAAAAAUUAAUAUUGUAUAAUACGUUUAGUAUUUCUCGUACAUAUCACACUAUAUAAGUCUAUAUUUAACAAAAGUUUGGUUAAUAAAUAAGAAAAC